GAUUUGUUUUAUUACCUACAUCCACAAAACAUAAUACUGAGUCUGAAAUUUCCACUAUAGCUAUAAUAGUUGAAUCUACUGAUUCUAUAAAAGAUAAUAAUAUUCAUAAUAGUAAAAAAGAAACUAUAAACAACGAAGUAUCUACUUCUAAUAACAAUAAUAUAGUACCAACCUCAAAUUAA